UUUCUGCUGGAUGUUAAUGUCUCUUCAUGCCACCUCUCUGUUGUCCAACAGGUUGGGGCUUUGGCCAACAUGGAGAAGUGUCCAUCUAACGCGUACACAGACAGUGGAGAAUGCUGCAGUCAGUGUCCGCCCGGCGAGGGCGUCAUCAGAAAAUGUGGAGCCACUCAAACUGUUUGUGCUCAGUGCCUUGACAGUGAAACCUUUUCUGAAAACUUCAGUCACACAGAGAAAUGUCAGCCCUGUACACAAUGUGAAGGCCUACACCGCAUGGACACACCGUGCACUGACGCCAGCGAUGCAACUUGUGUGUGCAACUAUGGCUACUACUUUAAUGAGCUCCUGGGACGCUGUGAACACUGCACAAAGUGUCCAGAGGGUCGGGGCAUGUUGUACAGCUGUGAGUAUGACCGAGAUACAGUGUGUGAGGAGUGCACCGCAGACACGUACUCAGACCAGGAAAGUUCUCGAGAGCCCUGCAUCCCGUGCACCUCCUGUGAUGAAGAAGGGGUGUUACAGGCCUGCACCCCAAACAGUGAUACAGUUUGUCAAGGUAAGAUAAUUCACUUUCAUUAA